AGACAAGACCCUAGCCUUAGGGUUAUCCCAAUACGCAAUAUCUCUCUCUCGCUCUCUAAAAUAUAUCAACUAAAAGGAAGUGGCUCUCGUUUUCAUAUAAUCGAUAAUUACUGAAGCGAGAGUUGGCUUUCUGAAAAAAAAUCCUCUCUUCUAUAGCCGCCUCACUCUUCUGCUAGCUUUCGCUUUCAACCGGUCUUGUGCUAUAGUUAAUCGGUGGUGAAUUUUGAAGGCUAAUCAAGAUGGUGAAGUUCACAGCUGAGGAGCUUCGUCGUAUUAUGGACUAUAAGCACAACAUUCGUAAUAUGUCUGUUAUUGCCCAUGUUGAUCAUGGGAAAUCAACACUUACAGAUUCUCUUGUGGCUGCUGCUGGUAUCAUAGCACAAGAAGUUGCUGGUGAUGUCCGUAUGACUGAUACUCGUCAGGAUGAGGCGGAGCGUGGUAUUACAAUUAAAUCUACUGGUAUCUCACUCUACUAUGAGAUGACUGACGAGGCCCUUAAGAGCUUCAAGGGAGAGAGACAAGGGAAUGAAUAUCUUAUCAAUCUCAUUGAUUCUCCUGGACAUGUUGACUUCUCCUCUGAAGUCACUGCUGCUCUUCGUAUUACUGAUGGUGCACUCGUCGUGGUCGACUGUAUUGAGGGUGUUUGUGUUCAAACUGAAACUGUGCUUCGCCAAGCUUUGGGUGAAAGGAUCAGGCCUGUUUUGACAGUCAACAAGAUGGAUAGGUGUUUCCUUGAGCUUCAGGUUGAUGGUGAGGAGGCUUAUCAAACAUUUUCAAGGGUCAUCGAAAAUGCUAAUGUCAUAAUGGCUACAUAUGAGGAUCCUCUUCUUGGAGAUUGCCAGGUCUACCCUGAGAAAGGAACUGUUGCAUUCUCAGCUGGUUUGCAUGGUUGGGCUUUUACUUUGACAAACUUUGCCAAAAUGUAUGCCUCAAAGUUUGGAGUGGAUGAGUCUAAGAUGAUGGAAAGACUAUGGGGUGAGAACUUCUUUGAUCCUGCCACCAAGAAGUGGACCAGCAAGAACACUGGCUCUCCGACUUGCAAGCGUGGUUUUGUUCAGUUCUGCUAUGAGCCUAUCAAGCAGAUCAUCAACACUUGCAUGAAUGACCAGAAGGACAAAUUGUGGCCGAUGUUGCAAAAGCUUGGUGUUACCAUGAAGUCUGACGAGAAGGAAUUGAUGGGGAAGGCUCUGAUGAAGCGUGUGAUGCAGACCUGGCUUCCUGCCAGCAGUGCUCUCCUGGAAAUGAUGAUCUUUCACCUUCCCUCUCCUGCCAAGGCCCAGAGGUAUCGUGUUGAGAACUUGUACGAGGGUCCCUUAGAUGAUCCUUAUGCAACUGCAAUUAGGAAUUGUGAUCCUGAAGGUCCUCUUAUGCUUUAUGUGUCCAAGAUGAUUCCUGCUUCUGAUAAGGGUAGAUUCUUUGCCUUUGGUCGUGUGUUUGCUGGAAAAGUCUCAACUGGUCUGAAGGUGAGGAUCAUGGGUCCAAACUAUGUUCCUGGUGAGAAGAAAGAUUUGUAUGUUAAGAGUGUGCAAAGAACUGUUAUUUGGAUGGGGAAGAAGCAGGAAACUGUUGAGGAUGUGCCUUGUGGUAACACUGUUGCCCUGGUUGGUUUGGAUCAAUUUAUCACUAAGAAUGCCACUUUGACCAAUGAGAAGGAAGUUGAUGCCCAUCCUAUUCGUGCUAUGAAAUUCUCCGUGUCACCAGUUGUGCGUGUGGCGGUUCAAUGUAAAGUUGCAUCUGAUUUACCUAAGCUCGUUGAAGGUCUUAAGCGUUUGGCCAAGUCAGAUCCUAUGGUUGUCUGUACUAUUGAGGAGUCUGGUGAACACAUCAUUGCUGGUGCUGGAGAGCUGCAUCUUGAAAUCUGUUUGAAGGAUCUGCAGGACGAUUUUAUGGGUGGAGCUGAGAUCAUCAAAUCAGACCCUGUUGUGUCAUUCCGAGAGACUGUCCUUGAGAAGUCAUGCCGUGUGGUAAUGAGCAAAUCUCCAAACAAGCACAACCGUCUUUACAUGGAGGCACGACCUAUGGAGGAAGGUCUUGCUGAGGCUAUUGAUGAGGGUCGUAUUGGCCCAAGGGAUGAUCCUAAGGCUCGUGCAAAGAUCUUAUCUGAAGAGUUUGGCUGGGACAAGGAUCUGGCUAAGAAAAUUUGGUGUUUUGGUCCUGAAACUACUGGUCCAAACAUGGUUGUUGACAUGUGUAAGGGAGUACAAUACCUGAAUGAAAUUAAAGAUUCAGUUGUUGCUGGAUUCCAGUGGGCAUCAAAGGAGGGUGCUUUGGCUGAAGAAAACAUGAGGGGUAUCUGCUUUGAAGUCUGUGAUGUUGUUCUCCAUGCUGAUGCUAUUCACAGGGGUGGGGGUCAGGUCAUUCCAACGGCAAGGAGGGUAAUUUAUGCCUCACAGCUAACAGCCAAGCCCAGGCUUCUUGAGCCCGUUUACCUGGUUGAGAUCCAGGCUCCAGAGCAGGCUCUGGGUGGUAUUUAUAGUGUUCUUAAUCAGAAGCGUGGUCAUGUGUUUGAGGAAUUGCAGAGGCCUGGUACUCCUCUGUAUAACAUUAAGGCAUACCUUCCAGUUAUCGAGUCGUUUGGUUUCUCUGGCACAUUGAGGGCUGCUACAUCAGGACAAGCGUUCCCACAGUGUGUGUUUGAUCACUGGGAUAUGAUGUCUUCUGAUCCAAUGGAACCAGGUUCUCAGGCAGCCAAUCUUGUAACAGAAAUCCGCAAGAGGAAAGGCUUGAAGGAACAGAUGACACCGCUGUCUGAGUUUGAGGACAAGCUAUAAUCAAUUGUUAUGAGCGAAAGAUGAUAAACAGAAAAUGUUUUUGUUGCAUUUUACCUUUUUGUUUUCAUUUCAGGUUUUAAUUUAUGUUACAAUGUAGUAGGUACUAUGUUCUGUUGAGAGAAUGUUUUGUUUUAAUAUCAGGUAUCCGAGUGUACUAUGUCCUGAAUUGCAACCAUUAUUGGUUUAUUUUAUUGCUGAUCUGUCUUUGUUUCA